CGGUUUGCGCCUCCAGCAGCAUCAUGAUUGUGGGGGCGUCGCUCGACGAGACGGUUCCGGUUCCCUGCCACGUGGCCGCCGAUCCUUUGGACGUUUCGUUCGACUGGAACUUCUCGAACAGUGGCGAACGUUUCGAGGUAACAAGCGGUCAAUUCAAUUUGCUGCAAGAUUUUCAUUCGUCGUCCUCGUCUUUGGCAACGGGAGACGGUUCCAGUGGGCCCCUUAGUGGAAUGCCACCAUUCUACGAUGGGGCAGAGGAAAGUUCGGAAACCAUUUACGAACUGCUGUACACGCCCAAAAGCGAACGAGACUAUGGAACACUGGCAUGUUGGGGCAAAAAUUCGAUCGGCAAGCAACUGGAACCGUGUCUGUUUCAGGUUGUCCCCGCAGCUAAACCGGCACCCCUCCGGAAUUGCACGCUUCGUCCAUACUCGACGUUGCUGGCGGCGACAACCCAAAACGGCGGUGGUCCUGGCAGUGUGAUAUCUAAUUCAUCUGCAGCGUCAGCAUCUUCGUCUUCAUCGUCGGCCACGUUUUACUACGGUGCCGGUGCCGGUGCCGUUGGAGACGUGCCAUCAUCGUCGUCAUCGUCGUCUUCGGAAUCGGCCGCAGCGGCGUCUUUUUCCGAUGGUGCCAGUGCCAGCACCAUAGGUCAGCAUUAUCGAGAAUCUAAUUAUAUCAGCACACAAUUCGUUAAAGAUCGGAACGUGUCAAGCGAGCGGGCGAAUAUUACAAAAUUUAAUCAGAAGAAUGGCGGUGGCGUUGGCGGUGGCUCAAGCAGUAGAAAACGUGAACAGAUCAAACAGAAAAACAUUACCCAUCACCAUCAGCAGCAACAGCAACAGCAGCAAAGUUGGGGCGGAAGUGGCGGUAAGAGAAUUAGUGCUGCAAGUCAUAACGUGGGCUUGACCUCGGAUGAGUCCGACGAGUUGGGGCUCCUUGGGGAAGAUCCUGAGAUGCUGGUAGAAGAACGUGGGGAAGUGCGAAUGGCAGCCCAAAUAUUAUCGUCUCUUGGAACGGCAUCCGGACCAGGACCAGGACCGUCAGGAUCUAGUUUCUCAUCGUCGGCUGGUGGAUCGUUCCCUGGACCAGAAGAACGACUAUCGUCCCUACCAAGUUCAGCAGCAGCCGAGAAUAGGAGGAAAACAAUUUCGAAUAAUGAAAGAAAUAGUGGCAUGAAUUUGUAUAACGGCGCAACACUACUGGCGGAUGGCAGCUUUCUGGCUAGGGAUGCUGCAAGAACUGCAUCGUCGUCCUCAUCGUCCUUAGCUGAUGCUAAUCACGGUAGAGCUCGAAUGAGACGAGAACAACGUUUUAAUGAAAAUCUAGAAAAUGAAAUAAAUAAAACACGUUUCGAUGAUGAUGAUGAAAUUUUCAAUAGCACCAAUAGAAACAGCUUAGAGGACGAUGAAGAUGAUGAAGGCCUUAGAACUUUGAAAUCGACCAGCGGAAUAAACGGUGGCAGGAGUAAUUAUCCCGAAGGUUGGCGGGAAACUCCUCCGAAAGCAGAGAAACUUCAAUCCGACAAUAUUCGAUACAAUCGAUACCAUUCUGCAGCUGAAGCUUCUGGAGGUGGGAAAAGUGGCCACCCCAAGCCAGCUUCUCCUCCGCAAAACAGCAACCAUAAUGCACAUCCGUACAGCCAUCACCACAAUCUCUACAUGGAGAACCUGCUUGAGGUUCCGACCACCCUUGAGCUGGAAUGUGUGGCCGGAUACGACGGCGGGUUGCCGCAGCAUUUUUUUCUUGAAGCAUACGACUCCAGGACCCGCAAGCUUCGGCUCAACAUCACAAGUGCACUUAACGAUGUACCGUUGUUUCGGAUCGAUCUGUCCGAAUUGAUCCCCAGCGAUUCGUACACUCCCACCCUCCACUUGAUUGCGUACAGCGUGAAUCAAAAAGGACGUUCAGAUCCAACAAUACUCGAGGAUAUAGCAAUCAACGAAGCCGAAAAAAGGACCGGAUGGCACAUAAAUGAAGAUCGUUCAGAAGCUCCAACUUUCAAGGUAUCGUUCAUUAUGGCUCGAGGAAAUACAAAUGCAGGGGGAACAAAGGUGCUGGACGCGGACCUAGCCAUGAUUACAGUUGUAUUCGUGCCCCUUUCGCCAGAUGAAACUCCGGAUGCAUGA